AUGAUUUCACGGAGGCUUGUUAGACCAAAUUUAACCUCUGCUGGGCGACGGCGUCCUAUCCCUUUCGCCCAGGCACGGUCCAAGGCAACUAUUCCAUUCAGACUCCCAGAUGCCAGAAACGAGCCUAACCCUCUCUACAUACGAGAUUCUCCCGAGCGCCUCAAACUAGAGGCAGCACUAACCGAAAUCCGAUCUCAGCUGCCCGUCCAGAGCCACAUCUACUACAACGGCAAGACACAGCCAGCAUCUAAGUCAUGGGAUCAGCCACUCCCGGCCGAACAUGCUACUUCUUUCACGAAUUAUCCUCUUGCUACGAAGGAGCAGGUCUCGACUGCCAUUGAGUCUGCCUUGAAAGCAAAAAAGGACUGGGAGAACACGCCAUUUGUAGACCGAGCGUCCAUCUUCCUCAAAGCGGCGGAGCUGGUCACGACGAAGUAUCGAUAUGAGCUCAUCGCAGCGACAAUGCUGGGACAAGGCAAGAAUAUCUGGCAGGCUGAGAUUGAUGCCGCAGCGGAGUUGGCGGACUUCUUCCGACUCAACUGCAAUUUUGCAGCGGAGUUGUUUGAAAGACAACCCGUUAGGGGAACAGAUGGGAUGUGGAGCCGAAUGGAAUACCGACCAUUAGAGGGCUUCGUCUACGCAAUUUCACCAUUCAACUUCACUGCGUUGGGAGGUAGUUUGCUCUCCGGUCCUGCAUUGAUGGGUAACGUCGUCCUGUGGAAGCCUUCGCCGUCAAAUAUCUACGCCAGCACUAUAAUCUACAAGAUUCUGCUUGAAUCUGGUUUACCUCCUGAUGUGGUCCAGUUCGUACCAGGCGACGCGGAGGAGGUCACGAAUGUGGCUCUGAGCCACCGGGACUUUGCCGGUCUCAACUUCAUCGGGUCGUCAGAUGUCUUCCGGUCUAUAUAUGCGAAGAUCGGGGAGGGCAUCGGCAAGAAGACGUAUCGUGAGUUCCCACGAGUUGUUGGCGAGACUAGUGGCAAGAAUUUCCAUCUCAUUCACAACUCCGCCGACAUCCCCUCCGCUGUUAACCACACUAUUCGUGGCGCAUUCGAGUAUCAAGGUCAGAAAUGCUCGGCCACUUCUCGCUUGUACAUCCCCGAGUCUCAAGCGGAAGAGUUCCUCGCAUUGUUGAAAGCCGGUGUUGAAGACAUUACUAUCGGCAGCCCAGACAAAAACCUAGACGCCUUCAUGGGCCCAGUGAUUCAUCGCCGAUCGUUCGACAAGAUUAAGGACAUCAUCGACGUGAGCAAUAAGGAUCCGUCCCUUAAACUGCUUGCUGGUGGCACCUAUGACGACUCUGUUGGUUUUUUCGUGAAUCCAACAGUGUACCAGACGCAAUCUCCUAACCAUCGAUUAUUUAACGAAGAGAUCUUUGGUCCUGUUUUAGUCGUUUAUGUUUAUCCUGACGGGGAAUGGAGUUCCAUAUUGAGCAGUGUUGACCAGGCUGGCGGUGGGUUUGCCUUGACAGGUGCUGUUUUUGCCAAGGAUCGUAGGGCUAUUCGAGAAGCGGAGGAUGCUCUUCGCUACUCAGCUGGAAAUUUCUACAUCAAUUGCAAAACUACAGCCGCUCUAAUCGGCCAGCAGUCUUUCGGUGGUGCUCGUGCCAGCGGCACUAAUGACAAAGCUGGCAGCUCUGAUAUUCUCCGGCGUUUUACGAGUCCGAGGAUGAUCAAGGAGGAAUUCUUUCCUCUAGAGGGUUAUAAAUACCCUAGUAACCACUAA